UCGCCAUCUAUAAACGCUCACAAAACACAGAAAAAUCACACCGCUACGGCUCAGAGACUCUUAGUCAACUUAGAUGGUCCCAGCGUCUCAAUGCGCUCCAGUACUUGUCUCCUUAUUUUUGUGCUGAAUCAGGGGAUUUGACAGAAAGCUACUGAUCAGCUUAGGAGGCCUGGGAGUUCGUAUUUAGACACUUUCAGAAGGAGGAAGCAUGAAGGAGGAGAAUUAUGGGUGGAUAAAUAAAGCUUUACCUCCCUCUGCUGGUGUGGAGAAAGCUAACAAACACGGUCAUUCAUGUUUCUGCUGUUAAUAUCUUUAAUAAAUGCCACACUUUGUAAUGGUACAUUGAUGUUGGUACGAAAAUAGAAAUUAUAUUUCCAAACAUUUGCUUUUUUACAGGGUAAAACUCGGCAAUAAGGGCCCCUGUAUUAACAUUACUUAGUGCAUUAAGCAUUACUAAACUAUUAAAUAAAGUAUUAUCAACCAUAUUAUGCAAUGCAUUACUAAGAAGACACCUGCCCCUUUAUCCCAUUUUUUAGCCCCAUUUUUUUUUACUUUUUACUCAAGUCUUACAUUCUUGUAAAGUGGUUUAUAUGAAGAGAUGCAUUUUGUAUUUUAUUUGUCCUUGUUUUGUAAGACUAUUAGCACCAUGACAUGGCUUUCCUCCUUGUUCUGUUCUUGUUUACUUAUUUAUUAAUAUUUCAAAAUUAAAUAAUGAUGCAUAUUUAUAUCUGAUAUUUGUAUUAAUUAGUCAGUCUAUAGCUAAAGCUUACUUAAAUUAUUCUUAGAAUGAUGUACCACACACACACACACACACACACACACACACACACACACACACACACACACAAUCGUACUUUAUAAAGUGCAGUUUCAUCUUAGUCAGCAUAAAAUCUACAGGAUGGAUGUGUCAUUAGUGACCGAGUACUCUGGAAGAGCCGAAUCUUUUUGGUGAAUGGGAAGAACUGAUUCCAAAGAUGUAUUGUUUAGAUAAAUAAGGUGUGUGUGAGGUGAAUUUAAUUCAAGUUUCUUUACUUUAUUUAAUUCAUAAUUAGGUCAUCAUAAUAAUCAUAAAUUAAGUUCAAAUGAGGUCUCCCAUUUGUGUCAUAAUAACCAGUUCUUCUGUGAGAGCCGACCGAGCUAGAAAGAUCCGAAUCUUUGAAAAGCGCCGAACUUUUCAUCACUACACAGAUGAUUUUAGACAGUUUUGUGACGUCGAUACUCCCGAUUGGUAGAUCUGUUUUACAGUAACCAAUCAGCUGUUACUCGCUUUGGGAGCAUAAACUACAGCUCUGGCACAAUGGCUGCGUUUGAGUGGUCCCUAAAGUUACAUUAGAGCAAGAAGAAACAAUCUAAGCUCUCCAUUGCAACAAGAAUGGCCCAGGGGAUUCCAGAUGAGGUGAUGAUGAAUGCUGCUCUGAUCAAACAGCUGGCUGAAGUGGCAAGAGAUGAGGCGCUCCUGCAGGGUGUUUUAAUGAGGACUAAAGAGACCCCAAACUCAUCCGAGUUGGUGACCUACGCUCCGUUUACAUUGUUCCCGUCGCCCUUCCCAAAAGCCGCAUUCCUCCAAGCUCUUGCGGUGCAAACCCACUACAACACACUGGUGGACAGAAUAUCUCAGGACACUGAAUUUUUGCUACAGGCCUUAGCCAGCACCAUUGAAGUGGAUGACUUUUCUGCAAGAUUGUUCAAAAUCCACCAGCAAAUCCUAAACGAAGGAGGGUCUCGGUCCAUCGUGUUGGGGCUCAAUCGGUCUGACUACAUGCUGGACAAGAGAGGGGAUCAGCCCCCUUCUCUAAAACAAAUCGAGAUCAACACCAUCGCUGCGAGCUUUGGAGGCCUCUCCUCACGUACCCCCGAUGUGCACAGGCGCGUACUGAAGAUGGCCGACCGUCUGGAGGAGAGUCAACGCAUCUUAGACAACAACCCUGCAGCAGGUUUGGCCAAGGCCAUCGCAAAAGCCUGGGAGCUCUACGGAUCCGAGAGAGCCGUGGUUAUGUUCUUCGUGGAGGAAGUCCAGAGGAACGUCUUUGACCAGCGCUGCAUUGAGAGGGAACUCUGGAAGAGAAACAUUCCUACAUUCAGAAAAAGGUUUGACGACAUUUGUAAGACGAUCCGCCUCGAUCAGGACAAGAGGCUCUUUGUCGGUGGCAACGAGAUCGCAGUGGUGUACUUCAGGAACGGCUACAUGCCUCAGAACUACUUUUCUGAACAGUGCUGGGAAGCUCGCCUCACGAUGGAGCGCUCUAUGGCUGUCAAAUGUCCAGAUAUCGUCUCUCAUCUGGUGGGAACCAAGAAGGUCCAGCAGGUUCUGGCCAAACCUGGAGUUCUGGAGAGAUUUUUCCCAGAUCAGCCUCAGGUCGUGGAGCAGAUCAGAGCGACCUUCACCGGCCUCUACUCUCUAGACGUGGGACCAGAGGGUGACAGAACCAUAGCGAUGGCUCUUGCAGAACCAGACCGUUUUGUUCUGAAACCUCAGCGAGAGGGAGGAGGUAACAACAUCUAUGGAUCAGAGAUCAUCCAGGUCCUGGAGAAGGUGAAGGACAGUUCGGAGCGAAUGGCUUAUAUCCUGAUGGACAAAAUUAACCCAGCUCCCGUACAAAACUACCUACUGAGACGAGACGCUCCGCUCGCAGUCAGCAGCUGCGUCAGCGAGCUGGGGGUGUUUGGAGCGUAUGUACGGCAAGGAAAAGACUUGUUGAUGAACGAGUGUGUGGGUCAUCUGCUGAGAACCAAGAGUUCUAAGCAUUCCGAUGGGGGCGUCGCCGCCGGCGUGGCCGUUCUGGACAAUCCUCUGCUCGUCUGAUGGCUGGAGACCGGCAGACCUCUGGAGCAAACGAGUUCUGUAAAUGUCUCUGAAUCAGAGGGAGAUUCUUGAAAACCUGGGAUCAUGAAUGUUUGCGUUUCUAAUGAAGUCACCAUCUGGUGGCAUUCUGGUUUAACUGAAUAAGCCAAUCAUCACUGUUAUGGUUUUAGAUGUUUGUUUGAUCCGUCACCUGAAGGAAAUCACAAUGGAGUAGCUGUUUGAACAACUAAGUGUAUAAAGGACUGGAUUUCAUCAGAUUUCACAUGGAAUGUACAACCAGUAGCUAUUUGAUUGUUAAAGUAAAAUGUUUCAUUAAAAAUGAUCAUAAGUAAUGUAAUAUAUGAAAAAUGUUGUAGAAUCCUGUACAAUUGUGUUUUUAAAACAUCAUUUCUGGGGACUUUUUUGUCUCUUUCAUUAUGUUUCCCAAUAAAAAAAACGUGAAAAUUUGA